AUGUAUUACGACUAUCUUCAGGUAAGGGACGGGGAGGGGGGGGAGAUUAAGCUUAAAGCGGGCCCAAUUUCAUACAUUUUGAAAAAUUAAUUGACUCGUGCUGUUUUUAAAUUGUAACGUCCUAUCAAAAAGUUACAACUACUACUAUUUGUACUUUUGGUACUAUUUUUAUGCUCAGUACGUACUCUAUAGUACUGCAUAUUAAUAUUACUGUAGAUUGAUUUUUGCUGUGCUAAAAAUUGAUUUAGUUUUUUAUAGUACUAGUACCUGUAUCAGUACUACACAGCGCUUAUAGUAUAGUACUAUACACAGUACUAUAUGUAGUGCUAUACAGUAUCAUUUAUAGUACUGUAGAAAAAAGAUAUAGUACUACUAAAAAUAUAUACAGUACUCUACUUACAGUACCGUCUAAAUUAUUGUAACCGGCCCUACAGUACUACUAAAAGCGCACCAGUACUAUAGUUGCCAUUCUAUAUUAGUGACGUUCUAAAAUUGCGAUUAAAAGUGUAAUUGAAGCUUGAAAUAACGAUCCAAAAGUGUAAUUGUUUGUUUGGAUUGUCAGUAAUUGUUACCUAAAAUACCUAACGAGCAUAGUUGUUACUUUAACGCAUUCACUACAUACUAACAUACCUUUGUUUUUAUAGCCUAAAGGCUGAAAUAAGUGGAAAAAAGGCGUAUUACCAGUUUUAUUGUCAUUUUUGAUAUUGUUAGUGCGAAAAAAUGGAAGAAGUAAGUUUUAAAUUCGAAAAAAUGUAGUUUUAUACCUAAAAAAUGGAGGCAGGGUAGGCUAUAGUAAAGUAUUGCAAAGUAGAUAACAGGGCCGCGCGGAGAAUUUUGGCGUGGGAGUCCAAAAAAUCCACGGGGGGGAGACCACGUUCAGCUUUUUUAAAAAUUUUUUUUUGGGGGAGGGGGGGGUUUAUUACAGGGUAGGAAAGGAUGGGGUAGGGCAAUGUAGAGCAAGGAAGGGUAUAAUAUUGUAAGUUAAAGUAAUGUAGAUACAAGUAGGAUAUAGUGGCGUAGAAUUAUAAAAUUUUAGGUGCCGACAUAAAGAACCCGCCAUACUUUGCCUGUAAAAAUGGCGGUUUCUUUAUGUCGGCACUUGUUUAGUACAGUGCGGUACGGUCAGGCUUGGACGCAUUGCAAAGUGCCCUGCAGGGCAUGGUACAGGGCCCUGUACCAUGGGUAAGGCAUUAGUAGAUUAUAUACAGUACACGGCAAAAAUAGACCAAACUAAGAAUUAGGGCUGAGGCUAGGGCUGAGAAGCUACAAAUAAAAGGCUAAGACUGAGAAGCUAGUCUAAGCGGCUAAGGCUGACGGACUAGAGCCAUGCCCUGCAGAGCAUGAAAAACGAAUGCCCUGUACCCAAACCCCCCUAAUGAUAUUUUUUAUGCGCCCAACCAUACUGGCCAGGCAUUCCAAAAUUUUUUUCAUACCCGGCCACGCCAAAAGCGAGCUGAAUAAACUACCAACCUUUUUUGGAAGUAGAUACUUCAAAUAACACAAAGCUUUUAGUCCUAGUUAUAAAAGAUAAAUUUGCUUUUUGAUUGGGUUAUCGACAGAGCGAGAGAGAAGAGAACAAAGGGUCGUGGUAGAGAAAAGAGGGUAGAAGAAGGAUUGAAAAGGGCUAUUUUUCAUUAACUACAGUACUCUCUCUGUAUAAGCAACCCGCAGGGACCGACAUUUUGUAUUUACUGUUGGGGGUGUUGUCUUUACAAAGGGACUUUUUAGUAAAAAUUGACUUGGCGGGGUCAAAUUUCUGGUUUACUAUAAGGAGAGUUUCUUAUACAGAUGGUUCACUAUAUAGAGAGACCACUGUAUUUAAUAAUAUUAUUACUUGUAAAAGUUAUUUUUAUAUAUAGACAUGAGAAACGGGCCGGGCCCAAUUUUCAAGCCCGGCCCGUUUCUCUUUUGUAUAGCGUCCAGAUUUUGAUAUCUUUUUAGUUUAUGAUGUACCAAACUUAAUGUUAGUUUAAUUUUUUUUAAUUUUAAAAAAUUGUUUACAAUUUUUAAAAAAUUUUGUAGACAAUUGUGUCGUUAUAAAAAAAUUUAAAGACCCUCAAUUAUUUUUUAAAAUUUAAGAUGGUUAACCGCGUAUUUUACAAAAAAAAAUAAAUCAUUUUUAUAAACCCUAUUUUAAAAAACAUGUUUUCCCUUAUUUUACUCUUUUUCUCUACCACUCCCCCUCUUGUCUCUUCUCUCUCGCCCUUUUGGAAAACCUAAUCAAAACGCAAGUUUCUCUUUUAUAACUAAAGCUGAAAAGGUUUAUAUUCUUCGAAGUAUCUACUUCCAAAAAGGUUAGUAGUUUAUUCAGCUCGGUUUGGCGUCGUGGCUGAAUAUGAAAAAAUUUUGGAAUGCCUGAUCAUUGUGGUUGGGCGGAUAGCAAAAUAUCAUUCUGCUGUACCCAGGCUUGGACACAAAACAGAGCAUUGAUAAAUUUCCAUGCCCUGUACUCUGCAAAGCCCUGCCCUGUACAGGGCAUUCGACUUUCUUGCCCUACCAUGCUCUUGUCCUGCAGGGCUUGGUACAGGGCAUGAUACAAGGCACACUGCCCUGCGUCCAAGCCUGGCCGUACCACACUGUUACCAGGGCCGAGCGGGGACUUUUGGUCUGGGGGCAAGAGUCCAAAAAAUCGGUGCUACCUGUGCCGAUUUUUCGCAAAAAUUUUUUUCCAAAAAAUUCACAGGGGGACCACGUUCAAAUUUUUUCAAAAAAUUUUUUUUAGGGGGGGGAGGGGGGGGUACCCGCCCCCCCCCCUCCGUCCCCCCCCCCUCGCGCCCGGCCCUGACUGUUACUAUACAGAGGAACGGGUCGAGCCUGACCGUAUUUCACCGUACUAGACAUGAGGAACGGGCCGGGCGUUGAUUUUCAUUUUCAGGUCCGGCCCGUUUGCUCGUAAAAAAAAUUUAAGCUCAGCCGGGCUAGUGCAAAAUCUCGAUCAGGCGGGCUAACAUUCAAGCGUAAAAAUUAAAAAAAAACUUUUUGAUAAAGAUUUUUAAAAACUUAAAAAUUGUUAUAAACAAAUUAGGUAUAAUUAUGCUGACCUCAUCCAAGGUUGUCACGCUAUUUAAGAAUAAAAAAUUAAGAGCUUUAACUGGCUCAUGUAUUACUAGCUUUAGAGGGGUCUGUUAUAGACUAAAAGUGGCUUUUUGGUCAUUUUUCAUUAGACUUAAAAAAUAUAAAUUUUUACUUUGUCUUUGCUUAACUCUUAGCCGCACCCCUCGUUGUAGCCUAAGAUUUAACCCUAGGUUUAGCCCUAGUGCUAGAACGCAUGCCUUGGCUUUUAGGCUUAGGCUGUUUGCUUUUUACGCUUAGCUUUAGGCUUAAGUUUAACUUUAGCUUUAACUCUAGCCCUAGCCCAGAUCUUAGCCCAACACUAUCUUAUUAACUAAAAAAUGUCAUUUCAGUUCCUCCGUGACAACUCGAUUGACAUCCACGAGUUGAACACCCGUUCAGACUCAUCUUCAUCCACAUUUUCUGAAAAUACAGUACUGAGGAUACCAUCAAUUGAUAGUGACGAUAAACUACAGAAAUCAUUUAUUAAUAUGCCAAAUGGUACACUUGACCCAUCAUCUGAUAUUACACCUGGCAGAAGAGCUAGGAGUCCGUUACCUCCAUUAAGGCUACAUUCGGAAUCUGAAAUUGAUUUAAAUGGCCUAAGGCUUGAUGAGGACGAGUUUUUGAAAAAUGGUAAGAAACGUUAUAACCCUGUCUCACCCUUGCUGGCUUGGCUUGUCUUGCCUUUGCCCUAUCUUUGGCUUGGCUUGAUCUAGCUCGGAGUGGCCUAGCUAGUUUGGAGUAUUUUGGCUUGGCUUGGCUUGGCUUGGCUAGACUCGGCUUGGCUUGGCUUGGCUUGGCUUGGCUUAACUUAGCUUAGCUUAGCUUGGCUUGGCUUGGCUUGGCUUAGCGUGGCUUGGCUUGACUUGGUUUGGAUUAGCUUUGCUCUGCCCUACCCUAUUAUAGUACUCUCUCUUACCCUACUUUACCCUGCCCUACCCUAUAAAAUAUUUUUUCAGAAAUUCAAUCCGACUCCUUAAACGCAGCUCGCGCCCACUGGAUUCAACUCUACAAGCAAAAUCAACAGCACACGGUCAUUCAAGAAGUCUUCAUUCAUAUGAUACGAAACUACCCCCAAAUGCGACCAGUAUGGCAGUUCAGCCGAGCUCUGAACAUUAAGGAUGACAAUUGGAAAGAGGAGCUCCAGAAGGACAGUACCUUCAAACAUCACUGUAGUAGUCUUCAAGCCGCUUUUACUAUGAUAAUGGACAAUCUGGAUGAAGAUAAUGGGGUGUCAAGGCUUUUACAUCAACUAGGACAACAUCACUUCUAUUACGACGCUUAUGAACCACAUUUGGAGGUAGGUGUGGGUUGGAAUGGCAUUUUUUUUAAAUUUAGAAUUUAUUAAGUUGAAAAAAACAUUUUUUUAAUUUUUAAAAAUUAAAAAAAAUUUCAACUUUCAAAUUUUUAAAAUUUAGACAUUUUUCAAAAACUUUAAAAAAUUUUUUAUGCAAAAAAUGUUAUAAUAAACUUGAAAUGUCAUUUUAAAUUAAAUUAUUACCUAAAUUUCUAUUUAUUCCCAAUAAAACCAAAAAACCCUCAAAAAGAAUGAGAAGCCAACGCAAAAAGAGAAGCAGUCAGAGAAAGAGAGAAAAGAAGGGAGCUCUCUUCCUUUGCGAGAGAGCUUUCUUUGUGUUUUCGGGGAAACCCAGUCAAAAGACAACUUUUGAUUUGAUAUAAGAAAAGGAGAGAUAUUACACCUUUGACUUACUAUAGUCCAAUUGAGGUUGGUACUGUUUUCAGCUCAUGCAAAUGUGGCUGAAGUUUUAAAAUUUUGGAAUGCUUUUGGAUUUAAAAAACAAUGUGUAUAAUAUAGACGGUCAAAUAUAUUUCCACUAAUUUUCAAGUAAUGACCUACUUUACAUACUGUACAGUAGCCUACCCUACGCUACACCACCCUACCCUACUUGAAAACAAGGUAAAGUAUGGUAGAGUAGGGUAGGGUCUGGUAAAACCAAAUUUUGGUAUCAAACCUAUUAAAUCCGUAUUUUACCUUUUCAGUUAUUCCAAGAAUCCCUAUUAGAAGCCCUAAAAACAGUACUAUUUGAUACAAACGAAGCUCCAGAUGAGAAUCUUCUUCGUGCUUGGACAAGAUUCUUCAUAAUGGUUAAAAAGAGUAUUAAUGCUGGGAUAGCACAUCAGAGAAGGAACUAUCUUGUACAAUGUGUGACAGCAUUGGAGAUGAAGUAUGUCAAGAAGGUGUGGGGGCAGGUAAAGGAGUAUGGGUUGGACAAGGCUGGUGCAGUUUGUACGAGGAUAGCAUUACAGGUGGGUGGAAAGAAAGUUCUUGCCAUUUUUUGUUUUGUAAAGAAAGUUUUUGCCAUUUUUUAUAACGUAAAGAAAGUUUUGGUCAUUUUUUGUUUUGUAAAGAAAGUUCUUGCCAUUUUUUGUUUUGUAAAGAAAGUUUUUGCCAUUUUUUAUAACGUAAAGAAAGUUUUGGUCAUUUUUUGUUUUGUAAAGAAAGUUCUUGCCAUUUUUUGUUUUGUAAAGAAAGUUAUUGCUAUUUUAGACUUACGAAGAGCUUCUGGACAAGUACAAGAUCGAUAUGACAUUGAAUCUGAAGGAGGAAGACGCUGAUUUCAAAAAGUUUUCUAUUGAGAUUAUACGGGUAAGAGCAGGUUUAAAACCACAUGUUUCAGUAUGCUAAGGUAAAAUACGUUAUGCCCAUCUAAGCUUUUGAUAUAGAUACUAUACGGCAUGGCAUGGCUGAAGUAAUCUACGGUUAAAAAAUGCUAGGGCUAGGGCUCUGGGCUAGGGCUAUGCUAAAAAAAGUUAUUUUCAGGCCCUAGAAAUAACGAUAAAUUACUACUCGGUAGAGCAUGGCUUUGUCCAAUUACCCUCGAUUCUGAGUGAGUUCGUCAAUACCUGUUUGGUGAUGAAUGUCUGUCCAACCUUGGUCCGAAAAGCCUUUAUGGAAGGUCUGGUUGGCAUGCUAGCACAAGUAUUAGGUGAACCGAUUAUUGAAGAAAGCUCAGUGCAUACUUGGAGCAAAGUUUAUAGGGUUCUUGAACAGGUAGGUACAUUUUUGGCCGAGCUGGCAGCUGCGUCCAGGAAAAAAUCAAAAAUGUGUUUUUUAGUUUUGCCUAGCUGCGCCCAGUAAAAAAUCAAAACUGUAUUUUUUUUCAGUUUUGCCAAGCUGCGCCCAGUGAAAAACGAAAAAGGAGUUUUUUUAAGUUUUGCCAAGCUGCGCCCAGUGAAAUUUUAAAAAUGUUUUUUUAUUAAAGUUUUGUCAAGCUUUGCUCCGUGAAAAAAAAUCAAAACUUUUUUUUAAAAUUUUUUAGUUAAUGAUUUUUUUUUGAUUUUCAGGCGAUACUCACCAACAUCGUGGAAUUCUGA